AUGGGAUCCAGAAGAUACGAUAGUCGAACCACAAUCUUCUCACCAGAAGGUCGUCUUUACCAAGUUGAAUAUGCUUUAGAAGCUAUUUCUCAUGCUGGUACUGCGAUUGGUAUUCUUGCCACUGAUGGUAUUGUACUAGCUGCUGAACGUAAAGUCACCAUGGCAGUUGCCGGUAUGACUGCUGAUGCAGGUAUUUUAAUCAAUAGUGCAAGAGUACAAGCUCAAAAUUAUUUAAAAACAUAUAAUGAAGAAAUUCCAGUUGAAUUAUUGGUUCGUCGUCUUUGUGAUAUAAAACAAGGUUAUACACAACAUGGUGGGUUAAGACCAUUUGGUGUUUCAUUCAUCUAUGCAGGUUAUGAUGAUAGAUAUAAUUAUCAAUUAUAUACAUCAAAUCCAUCAGGUAAUUAUUCAGGUUGGAAAGCUACAAGUGUUGGAGCAAAUAAUGCAGCUGCACAAACUUUAUUAAAACAAGAUUAUAAAGAUGAAAUUACAUUAAAAGAAGCAUCUGAAUUGGCUUUAAAAGUUCUAUCGAAAACUAUGGAUACAACAACAUUAUCAAGUGAAAAAAUAGAGUUUGCUACUAUUCAAAAGGAUAAAAAUGGUAAAGUUUAUCAACGUUUAUGGAAACCAGAUGAAAUUGAAAAAUUAUUAAAUGAAACUGGUAUUCUUAAAAAGGAAGAUGAUGAAGAAUAA